CCAUCUCUUCCAGUUUAUCUCUGGAAGCCCUCUGUCUUCAUGCUGUCCCUUUCCAUCAGGAUCCUCCUUCUGUCACUUUGUUCCUGGAACUUGGGAGGCUGUGAUCACUAUAAUGACCCAAAGAACCUAAAUGCUGAGUUUGCCUUUACCCUUUACCAACGCUUGGCAGAGCUUGACAACCAAACUAACCUCAUCGUUUCCCCAGCAAGUGUUUCUCUGUCUUUGGGACUUCUGCAGUUUGGAGCACAAGGAAACACUUUUGUACAACUGAAACGUGCUCUUGGAUACACCGUUCAUGAUCAAGAUGUGCAGGACUUCUUGGAAACUAUAUACAAAGAAGGGACCAACUCAAGUCAAGGGCCCAUAGCACAGUUGGCGUGUGCCAUUUUCGUUCAAGCUGGAAUCCAUCUUUCCCCCCACUUUGUUCAACAUGUUGUAUUCUGGGCAAACAACACAGUGCAGGAAACUAACUUCAGUGAGCCCAGAAGAACUGCAGCACAGAUCAAUGAAUGGAUUGCCAUGAAUACUGGAGAUGGUGGUACUAAUUGCCUGCCCUUGGAAACCAUUGGUUCCCCACUUAACCAGCUAGCUGUGGUGAGCACCAUGUACUUCAAAAGCACUUGGCAAAGGAAAUUCACCUUCACGGAUACGCAGACCUUGUCCUUCACCACGACAAAUGGAAUUGUCUUAAAGGUGCCUACUAUGUAUCUCAGCGCAGAAGUCAAUUAUGGAGAAUUUUUACUGGACUCUCUGGAACGGAUCAGUGUAGUUGAAUUGUUGUAUUUGGGUGAGACUGUUAGCAUGUUUGUCGUGCUCCCAUCUGACAGAAGAACCCCACUAGCUAAAGUUGAGGUGCACCUUUCAUCAAGAACCUUCCUAUUGUGGUCCAACAGCUUGAGAAGAACAAAGAUGGAUAUCUUUCUCCCCAGAUUCAGAAUUCAAAACCACAUUGACCUAAAGGCUGUUUUGCCUGCAUUAGGAAUUACUGACAUGUUUGAUCCGACAGAGGCUAAUUUCAAAGACAUUUCAGAUGAGGGAAGUCUCUACAUCUCAGAAGCCAUCCACAAAGCAAAGAUUGAAGUGGCAGAAGAUGGCACAAGGGCCUCAGGCACUACAGCUAUGGUGCUGCUGAAAAGAUCACGGUCUCCUGUCUUCAAAGCUGAUAGACCUUUCAAUUUCCUCCUAUGGCAAGCCAGAACAGGUUCAGUUCUCUUCAUUGGAAGACUUACAAAUCCUUCAGAGUAAACAUGUAAAAUGCAGGCUUCUAUCACUCUGCUUUUUCAGUUCCUCAUAUUGUGCUUGAUUUAAACAGUGCCUUUUC